AAUCUUUAUAUUUUUUCAUUGAUCCCGAAGACUUAAUACACUGGUGUCAUCCUAAUGAACAGGAAUGGCAGUUGCUAUCUACGCCGGUGACAAAACAUGAUUUUCUCUCUAUGCCAAACUGUAGACGAAAAUGUUUCGAAAUGGGGGUCAAAAUCGUUCAACCUACACUUGGAAAAUUAAAAGUGGAUCAGGGUAGAAUAAGUGUGGAAGUGUUUAUCGACAAAACACAUUCACAGAACACUGUUCUAAAUUAUACAUUAAAUAGCAAAAAGGCAAAGAAUGGAAACCUGGAAUCGAACACACCGAGAAGCAUAGGAGAUACAACUGCAAGAACUGAUGCAGAGCUGACACAAAAACGUUCUACAGAGAAGGAUGAAAACCGAAAUAUAGAACAUAUGAGUAAAUCAGAGACUGAACAAAAUGAUAGCUCAAAUUCGCAGUCUCCACCAGAUCUUAGGAAAUACGUAUUUAUGAGUCGUGCUGACUCGCGAGUAGUGUUUGACCUGGACUUUCCAGUUCCAGGGACAUAUGUCCUUGACAUCGAAGGGCGAACUUUAGGUGAGAAAGGAGGUCACAACACCGAGUCUGUACUAUGUCAAUUCAAGUUUUCUUGUAAUAAAUGUUCCUCACACGAUGAGCGUUUCCCAUUACCAGAUACUCCUGAAAUCGGAUGGGGACCGACACCUCACUGUAUGAGAUAUGGUGUCAGACCUGCAUCUCAUGGAUAUGGACAUAUUUACAUCUUACCUAGAGAAACUGUGAAAAUUCGAUUUGAUUACACGGGGAAAUACGAGUUUAAGACACAUAUUAUUAGUAUGAACUCUUCGAUUAACACAGAAAAAAUGGCUACAUGCAGGAUAUCUCCCAAUAAACUCACAGUUGAGGUUAAUGUACCCGAUGAAGGACACUAUGCCCUGAAGCUAUUUGCCAAAAAGGAGGUCGAUAGUGACUUUAUCAAUGUUAUAAACUACAUGCUUAUAUUUGACCAGAAAAAUGCCGAGAAGUAUGAUAAGCGAAUGAUGCGCGAACGAUUAUCUAAAGCAACAGAAAAUGGAACGGAGCAGGAAGUAGAGGAAGCGUUGAAGAAUUUCGAAUUUUACAGAGUCCCUGACCAAGGGGAAAUACAAAAGGCAAAGCGGAAGCUGAAAUAUUUUGAGUCUAGAAGAGGUUCAGUGACAGAUAAUUCAUCCCUUUUUGUUUCUCAAAUUUAA